AGCAAAUCAAUUACUACUCAAGCGAGAAAUGAUUGCAUCUCUCUUUAUUAUCGUAUUACGACUUUAGCGGUAAGUAUUCGGUUUCUAUCCGAGUUGCGUCAUGCGCAUUUCCAUGGAGACCAAAUGACAGCUCGAGGAACGCGUCUUACUUGGCGUUCCUGUAUCAAGUACCACGAUGUCCAAUAUUAGCAAGGAGUUUUCUUGGUCGAGAAACGGCCCUGCUUUUCAUCACAUGCUUCGGGCGUCUGGGCAAGCUGAGGUCUGGCAUGAUUUCACCGACGACAUGAAAUUUCGCCAGUAUGGCUGGCGAUGUUCAACGAAUGAAGACUCUUAUUCAAAUACAACCCUCAUUGGUAACUGGUCUGAAGAGAGGUUUGACACUCGCCGUACUGUGGCGUUACGACGCCCUCUUCCGCAUCAGUUCUCUCACUACUUUGAAACCACAUAUUAUUCCAGCUAUAAGAAAGAUGACGUUUGUCCGACUUACGCAACUCCAAAGAGAGAGUCAAGAAGCUUCCCUGGCCAUCAACCAGAACUGGACCCUCCACACACUAAGUGUGCGCCAAACUCCUGCUACAGACUGGACUUUAAAGGCCCUCAACACAGAGAAGAAACAGUGGGAGAAACGUCAGGGCCUCAGUAUGGGAAUGUAGCAGAGACAAACUGAAGCCUUUGGAAGAGAAAUUUGGCUCCAAAAGUUGUAUCAGCUUCAGUUUCCUCCAACUGACUUCUGUGAGUUACACACAGUCAAAUACUGAUAAAAAAU